UCACCCCUCAUCUCUGGCCAGCCUGGCCAUGGCGAGCACGGACGGCGUAGGAGGCCGGAGGAAGAAUUUGGCCCUGCUGCGGCACAGGCUGUACAUGGGGGAGAGGAGGAGGACGGAGCCCGUGGUAGAGAGCAGCGGGGCAGGGGAGCACGGUGCCUUGCGCAGGAGUCAGUCGGACAGGACGGAGUACGGCCAGAAGCUGCAAGAAAAAAUGGCCCCACAGUCAGGAUUCACAUCCUCUGCCACCUUGCCACAGGAGGAUGAGGAAACCACCAAACGCAUGAUGGCCAAGAGGGUAAAAAUCAUUGCAGAGCUCAUGCAGACAGAGAGGGACUAUAUCAACGAUCUGGAUCUCUGCAUCAAGGAAGUGAUUCAGCCUCUGAGAAACAAGCAGAUCGCCCGCUUUGAUGUGGAUGGCUUGUUUAGCAACAUCGAAUCGGUCCAUCAAAUAUCAGCCAAGCUGCUGUCACUGCUGGAAGAAGCCACAACAGAUGUGGAACCACCCAUGCAAGUAAUCGGGGAAGUGUUUUUGCAAAUUAAAGGCCCACUAGAAGACACAUAUAAAAUCUAUUGCUAUCGCCACGAUGAUGCACACACCUUGCUCGAAUCCUAUGAAAAGGAUGAAGAACUGAAGCAGCAUUUAAGACACUGUGUACAAUCCUUAAAAAAGAUGUACGAGGAAGAAGGAAAGCCAAAUCUAAUGGACAUGGGAUCCCUGAUGAUCAAGCCAGUACAGCGGGUAAUGAAAUAUCCCUUGUUACUCCAUGAACUGUUGAAUUCAACUCCUGCUUCUCACCCUGACCACAAAGCACUACAAGAGGCCCUUUCUGCUAUGAAAAAUACUAAUGUGAACAUCAAUGAACUCAAAAGGAGGAAAGAUUUAGUGCUGAAGUAUAAGAGGAAUGAUGAUGAUGAAACCCUGAAAGAAAAGUUUUCUCGACUGAAUAUUCACUCCAUUAGCAAGAAAUCCAAGAGGGUCACCAGCCAUCUGAAAAUACUGACAGGGGGAGAACCUCAGGUGAAAGAUCAGACAUUCAAUAAGGAAGAAAAGUUGUUUCGAAGCUUAGAGAAGACUGUGAAAUCAUGUGUGAAGAACAUUUCAUUAUCCUUACAGCAUCUACAGGAUUCCAUACAUCUGGCUGCACAGAAUGUAACUGGGCUUCAGGAAAUCUUGCAAGACAAAGAUGACGAAGCUAACAAAAACUCAAAGAAAAUGAACAACCCUACAAAUCUCUGUGAAGACCUUAUGGCUCAGCUAGACAAGGUUGUUUUGACUCCUCUCUCAGCACUACAAGCCUUGUUUUCAGGCCCACAGAAGCUCAUCCAGAAGCGCUAUGACAAAUUGUUGGAUUACAACAGCUACCUCCAGAGGUCAACAGGAGAAGAGCUUGAUCUAGCAAAGAAAGACUAUGAGGCUUUAAAUGCACAGCUAGUGGAAGAACUUCAGGUAUUCAACAGAGCAGCCAAAAAGAUUGUGUUGAACUGUCUGUAUUGCUUCAUUACCCUCCUCAGAAGUAUUAUGUCUGCAGCACUUCAAUCAAAUUCUGCUGUGGUGGUGCCUGUUCCACUGUCUUCCUCAAGCAUCUGUGAAGUGCAGCAUCAGUUAAUGGAGGAGGUUCACAAGCUGAAUUUUGUAAAAGAAAACAGCAGUGCAACCUUCAUUGAAAGGAAAUUGAGCUUGGAAAAAAAGAAACCUGUCCCCUCUCCAUCUUUUCAGCUCGAAUCCCCACGUCAAACAGAAGACCACAGGUCCAAGCUGCUGUCUACGUACAGCGCAGAACUGCUGUAUCAAGCUAAGCGCAAGUGCAAUGCCACGCAGGAAUUUGAUAUUGAUCUGCAUGAAGGAGAAGUGGUGGCUGUUGUGGAGCAAAAGGAUCCCUUCCAAAGUACUAGCAGAUGGCUUGUUGACACAGGAAUCCUCAAGGGAUAUGUGUAUUCCUCCUUCCUGAAGCCUUUCAAUCCAGCCAAAGCGCAGAAGGACAUAGCAGAGAGCAACUUGUGUGAUGAUGAUUUUGAUAACAUCAGCCUCUUUGUCUCUUCACGGCCAUCCUCUGACAGCAGCUCAAGUUCAGGGCACAAGAGUGACAGCAACUCAUCUCUUCACCCCUGUAAAAAUCCCACAACUAAUAGCACAGAGGCUGGAGAUUCUCAGGAUGUGGAUGAUCAGCAUACCUUCUAUGCUGUUUAUGCAUUUCAAGCAAGAAGUGAUCAAGAACUCAGUCUUCAGGAGUAUCAGAAGGUUAGGAUACUUCGGUUUUCUGACCUGAGUGGCAAUAAAGAAUGGUGGCUAGCAGAAGCCAAAGGUCAGAAAGGAUAUGUACCAUCUAAUUUUCUUGGAAAGAUGACAUACGCUUAGGAACCUAAAAGGUCCAUUCAGCCAGUUUCUAUGAAGCAGACAAUGAUAAUCUACAAUGGUUUGCAGAAAGCAAGGCAAACUCACAAGUGACUGACAGAAGCCACGGCACCUGGUGCAGCACACACAUGAUACUGAGGACCUCUGGUUUCCAAAAGCCAUCACCUUGUCAAGACCUCGGGAAGAAGCAUUUAACAGGAAGACCAAUUCUGCUUACCACCCCAAAGGGCUUGCUUUUCCCUAUUACCCCAUAAUUUUCACUUCUAUCAAAAUGUCCUACAUCCAAAUUCAACCUACAAAUACACUUCACAGCAGAAGUGAUGUUCUCCUCCCCCCCCCCAAUAUUCCACAAAUAAUAUUCAAGAUGAAGGCAGCCAGCCUUGAAAAAAGACAAAUUCAGCCUUCAGGGAUUUUGCAGCUCAGACUGAAUUGUUCUUAAAUCUCUACCUUGAUGAACACAAUCACAUCUCCAAACUCAAGCUUUUGGGUUAUCUAUUUUUAUCUCCAGCCACUUUUGUAAAGAAUCUUUUUCUCAGUGGUGA